UUCAUUUGUUCUAGUAUUAUUGAGUUAUCCAAAUUUCACACUGAGGAUUUCAUUUUGGUAAGUAUAACUUGUACUUGUGCAAUGGCUUAGUGUAUAUAUACCAGGAUUUAGCGAACUUGUGCAAUGGCUUUGAUGCCCAUUUUUUUGGUAUUUAAGCACGUGCAAACUUUUAAUUACGAAUGUGAGCACAUAAUUUUUGGAUUUUUGUUUCUAAGCAAUAUGCCUACGUGACCAUGUUGAUCCGGUUGACCUGAUGUUGAUCAAAACAAAUGGGUUGUUUGUUUAACUAAAUGUCCAAGAGAUUAAUGUGAUUUUCGCUGCUUUGUUACUAGCAGUAACGUGCAGGAAUCAUCAGCCUUGAUAACUCUCUUCAUUGCCAGCCAAUAGCAAUAGUGCAGCUGCCUUACUAUAUUUAGAUUACACUGAAAAAUGUAUAUGCUACAAUGGUUUGUAAAAGCUGAUCGAUAUGCAACACUGAUAUGCAAAACAAAUGAAGAUUACUAAUUAGCACAAAUUAUGAUUUUGAUGAUCCUUGCGGAUGAAUUAGAUUUGAAUUGUAGAAAAAAUGUUGCACCUACUAUGUUGUUCUGAUUUCUAAAACAAAAGCCAACGGGCCAAUUGGAGGUAGGCUGUUGGUAUAUACGUAUACGUAUGUACUCAUCAAUUCAGCACCCAAUUAGUUUGUUCACAUCAGUUCAAUAGAAUCAGCACUCAAAGAGCAUCCUGCCUACAAAUUUAAAUGUGUGUUUGUACUGUUUGGCGUGCUUGUAUUUGGACACACCGGUGUUGCAUGUGCUUACUUUGAUGCAAUGACUUAAUUUAUGAGAAUAUAAGUACAGUCGGCUAUUAAAUUAGGCUCAAUUUUGUGUUAUAUAUGCUAUAUAUCGUACAACCAUUAGUGCUUAAUGUUAUACCAGCCAAUUAUAGUUUCUUUUGGGUGUAAAAAAAAUAUUUUUUACCCUUCACAUUUCGAAUACCCAACCUCUAAAUCCUGGGUCAACCCCUGCACAAUGCGCCCGUGCUGCCUUCCCUUGCUCUUUGCCCUUCAACCCCCCAUUCGCGCCUUUUCUAGCAGGUACCUUCAUUCCUCUAGCUCAUAGUUUCAUUGUUAACAGCUCUCAUUGUAUUUGAACCAUAAACUAUGAAACAUUUGUCGUUACCAAUUCUUAAAUUACUGAAUUUGUGAUUGCUGAUUAGUGAAUGUGCCAUUGUAGUUGAUGAAGCUCCCCUAAUUGAAGAACCACCAACAGUUGCCAUAGUCGAUGUAUUCUGAGACUGAUUUCUCUUUCAAGGAUGCCAACAAACUGUGCUCUCUUAUUCGGAAGCAGCAAGCCCUUGCCAAAAAGAAAAGGAAAUGGCUGCGGUCUCUGAUUCCAAGGGAAGACGGUCUCAUCAAACCUAUCAAACGACCCAAGUUUCUAAAAGAUGUGUACUUGGCUGAAUCAUAUGUAAGGAGUGAUGAGGUUUCUUGUGAGAAAGUCAUAGCCCAUGUUGAAAAAUGUUAUGGUUUCCAAAGCGAUGGCUACAGCCACCACAUUGUUCAGGAUGGCCUCCAGCUUUUUAAGUUGCAAAAAGGCAAGGAUGGCUCACUCAGUCCACAAGGUCUUGCAGACAUGCAACUCAUAAUAAAUAAGUUAAGCAAUGAAGCACUUCAUUCAGUGGCUAACAUCGCCACCCACAAUAGGGUUAGUUUUGAGAAGACCAGGCCAGCGAUGAAAAAGAUCAUAGAAGACCACCUACCACAAUACUUGGCAAACUUGCAUGAUGAAAAUGACAUGUCUCAGCUGUCGCACAUUUUAACAAAUCCAUUCAGUUACCGAUCUAAUUCCUUAAACAUUACAACACCUAUUUCACCGAAAAUGCUAUCAUCCAUCGACCAGGCAUUAAAUGUACUCAGUACACUGACUAUACAAGCUCUUGUUGCAAUGAAAAGGAAGCUUGAUGAAGUAUCUUUCACCCCAAAAUUUAGUUUUGUACCUCGUAUAAGCAGAAAGGCGCAUAUGGUUACUGUGAUUAGGAAAGAGUGCAAUAAGAUGAUUUCAAGGGUUGGGGAAAGUGGUGACCUGCCAAAGAAUUUGGCAAAAGCACUGUCAGUGGUGAAUCUGUAUAGGAAGCAAGAGUUGAAAUGCAUGGACAUCUCACAGGCAGAGUUCUUUCCAUUCUCAAAAAAAGCAAUUUUCUUGCAAAAUGAUGUCCUGAAUGCUAUUUGGUCAAUUCAAAAGUUGAAGAAAGGGGAUCUUAAAUUGCUGCGUGCCAUACUAUGUCAAGGUUCAAACGAUGAGAUGCUGCUAAAGACUACUGUGAGAAGGUAUUUGAUAGAUUGUUUGUUUGAAUGUGAUGAGGGUGAUUUACCAGAUGAGGCACUGAGAGCCAUUGCUUUGUGCAAUCAGAUGCCGCUGCGUCAAAAAAUUGAUUUCACAGAACAAAGGAAGGGUGCAGAGUUAGAAGCUGUACUGAAUGUAAGCAGUAGUCUUAGAGCUCUAGUAUAUCAUUGUACAGGAGGCCAAACUGAUGAUCAGUUAAUGAACUGUGAGAGUGAAUGCCACAGCGAUGAACAAGUGAUGAGCUUAGGUUGUGAUGACUACAGUUGUGAUAAUGAUUUCGUGCUCACAGAGGGUUACAAAAAUUUUGGUCAUCAGCAGCAUAAAAUAGAUGAAGCUUGUUCGAGUAGCAUGGUCAACCCUGUCAGUGUGAGUGGACAUUUCUCGAGUGGAGCUGGUAGUAAUAUGAAGAAACCUACUUUGCAUGAGGUUGUUGGUGCCAAUGAAGUGGAAAUAAGAAGAAGCUCCAUGGGCCUUUCCGAGAUUUGUGAUGAUGCUGCAAUUUUGGCCCACAAGCUUCUAGGGAAAAUUCUGGACAACACGUUGCUUGCAGAAAACAAGGUCAAUGGACUUGCCGGAUACUCUCUUGAUGGUUCUACUUCGCAUGGUCCUCAAGAUCCUGCAGAAAAGAACCAAAAAGCUGACAUUGUGAUUAAAGCUAUUGAGAAUGUCUUACCGAAUCUGCCAAAAAGCUGCAUGGACAAAGUGAGGAGGAUGUUGCAUGAUGAUAAACAAUGAGUAUGGUCUGCAAAAAUAAUGCUUGUUUGGUGCCAAUCAGUUCACUCAAAUGAGACUCAAUGGUGUUGCCUUUUGAAGAGCAGAUGGUAGUCUGAUUGAAAUGGAACUGCUUGUUCAUAUAUAUGUCACCAUUUUCUUUUGGUUGAACCUGUUAAUGUUACACUUAUGAUACAUAUACUACUAUCCAACAUCAUUAUAACCUCGCAUAUGAAUGUGUGGCUCCUACUAGUUGCCUUCGUGGAUACCAGUUUAGUUCAAUUAUGAAUGCUUCUUUUAUACUUAUAUGCACGAAUUCAAUAUAUAGUUUCAGAAA